CUCUUUGCCUUUUGGCUUAGAUCAAGUGUAGUAUCUGUUCUUUUCAGUUUAAUCUCUGAAAGAGUCCUACUUGGACUCAAUCCGCAUCCUCUGUGCUUGCGCAUGAUCGCUCUCACUGUGUCCCUGGUAUUACACUGCCUCCAGGUGACGCGAAUUUUUCAUUGCUAUCUCUAGCUUGUCUAGGGUUACGAAGAAGAUCCAUUAGUA